AUGCAAUCCUCUACCUCACACUCCUUUCUCUCUCACCUUUUUCUGCUUUUCUUGUUAUGUUUUGUGGCCGCAAUUGAAGCUUCCAAAGAACAGUUAGUCUCAGCCAUGUAUGUGUUUGGAGACUCCACAGUAGACCCGGGAAACAACAAUUUCAUAAAGACGGCUUUCAGAAGCGAUUUUCCACCUUAUGGUAGAGAUUUUGUUAACCAACUUCCCACUGGAAGGUUCACCAAUGGGAAACUUGGCACUGAUUUUGUUGCUUCAUACUUAGGCCUAAAAGAGUUGUUGCCACCGUAUUUGGAUCCGAAUCUCAGCGACAAAGAACUUGUAACGGGUGUCAGUUUUGCUUCUGCUGGUUCUGGUUUUGAUCCACUCACUCCAACUCUGGGAAAUGUAAUUCCAAUGCCAAAGCAGUUGGAAUAUUUUAAAGUGUACAAAAAGAUGUUAGAGGGUAUGCUUGGUAAAAGAAGAACCGAACAUCACAUGAACAAUGCUUUCUUUUUCAUCAGCGCAGGUACAAAUGACUACGUUAUUAAUUAUUUUUCGUUGCCAAUAAGAAGAAAUAGCUACACCCCCUUAACCUACGGACACUUCUUGCUUCAACAUGUUAAAGAUUUCAUACAGAAUUUAUGCAAAGAAGGUGCAAGAAAAAUAGCUUUGGUUGGACUACCUCCAAUGGGGUGCUUGCCAAUCAUGAUCACAUUGAAUUCCCAUAACAUGUUUCUUGAAAGAGGUUGUCUAGACAAGUUUUCAGCUGUUGCAAGAGAUUACAAUAUGAUGCUUCAACAUGAAUUGUUCUUAAUGCAACUAAACCUCUCUAAUAUUCCUCCCGGUGUCAAAAUCUCCUACCUCGACAUAUAUGGACCCUUGGAUGACAUGAUCCAACGUCAAAAUUUUGGUUUUGAUGAGGUUGAUCAGGGUUGUUGUGGAACUGGUUACAUAGAAGCAACCUUCCUGUGUAAUGAGUUUUCAUUCGUGUGCUCGGAUCCGUCAAAGUUUGUCUUUUGGGAUUCAAUACACCCUACGGAGAAGGCAUACUAUGACCUAUUUAUGGUAGCCCGUCCCAAAAUUGAUGCCCUAAUCAACGGCUAG